UCGUCAGUCAAAAUGUCACACAAAAACAGCUACAAUCUGUCUCUGCUCCUGCUUGCAACUCUGCUGGCGCUUGCAACUGCCCAAUACUAUCCACAGUACAACCCAUAUUACACACCGAGUCCCACGUUCUCCAGUUUAAAUAAUUACUACUACCAGACCACGCCAUAUCCUUACUACUACAGCACGUAUACGACCCCGAGUCCCUACAGCAAUACCCAAAUCAGGAUCUGGCCUUAUGUCAUUGGACAGUAUCUAUAUCCCACGUAUUAUAACACCAACUAUUAUAAUCCUUAUGCAUCGCUGAGUAACUCCAACUGGCAGAGCUACUAUGCCAAUGUCUAUCAAUCGAAUUGGGGCAAAAAGUGA